CGGGGCUUACACAGAACGCUCUCCGGCGCUGUGCGCGCGUGUUCUGCAGCGUCUGAACCUGGUUUGAGGAGGCUGCGUUUAGUUUUCUUCGCCUUUUCUGCUCGAAAUGGCAUCAGCGGAGGAUGUCGGAGCGAAAAGGCAAAUGUUUUAUGAAAUCGAGUGCGUAAUAGAAGAUUGCGAUACCGAAGCUGGAUACAAACCUCUGUCAGACAGCGACGAGCUCGACGAUUCGGCGGAGGAGGACGAACUGCGGGAAGAAGAUAUUGAUUCUUCUGAAGAAUGGAAGCCUCUCAGGCGCUCAAAACUUAAGAGGAACUCAUCCUCCUCGCCUUCAUCGUCUUUACCACACCGGAGAGGACGGCCAUCUAAAUAUGCUCUGAAACCCUCCCCAGAGGCACCAGUGACGGCCCGUACGCCUAAAAACACCCCAGCCGUCUCCUUACCUCGACGGAGAGGCAGACCGCCUAAGGACAAAUCAAAAGCCAAACUCUUUCCUAAACCCACCCCAUAUGCCACAAUCGUGCCUAAACCCCCCCCUUAUGCCACGCUGAUCCCUAAUUCCUCCAUUAAAUUCGGCCCUCAUUCCACAUCCACUGUUACACUUAACCCUAAUUUAACUCCUAUAACCCUUACCAAUGCCUCAUCCUCCAUUAAACUGAACCCUAAUUCUACACCCGUACUCAUCUCUAAUCCCGCUUCCACUUUUAAACUCGGCCCGGAUUCCUCACCCACCUCCAGUCAGGUGCCGAUAGCCACGCUCAUCUGUACACCCACAUCAACGGGGCUUCUGUUAGAUGGCGACACCAAUGAGAUCAAGUCAGUGAAGGAAGAGGAACCAUGGGAAGAGAAUGUGGAUGCUAUUGAAGAAUGGCCUUUUACAAAGGAAGAAAGACGAGAGGGCUCAGAAUCACCAAAUGCAAAGAGACAACGACUCUCAUCCCCAAUCCCUCAAUCCACAACACGUCCACGGACAGACGGGCCCUUGAAGCACACCUCAAAAACUACCCCUAGUCCCCUGCCUGAACUAGCACCCAUAGACACUUCUGAUCAUGAACCCACAACCACUUAUGAACCAUUGACCUCAGUACCUACCACUAAACCCACAUCUGAUCCCAAACCUAAUCCUGCACCCACCAGGCCUCGGGCCGACAGCGACCUCGAUGGUGACAGCGACGAGAUCAGUGAUUCAGGGAGGGAAGAGGAACUGUGGGAAGAAGAGUGAGUAAGGAAGUCUUGCAUUUAUGGUAGCGUUUUGUCAUUCGGGGUCAUUAACACAGAAAGCAUUUUUGCAUUUAUUAAAAAGUUCUCUAUACGUUGAAUUUGUUUGCAAAAGAUACAAGACACGAUCGCAGUGGUCAAAGGCGUCCAUCUAGUAGAAUGCAAAAACAUGUGUUUUUAUACAAAAUAAAAUUCUAUGCAAUGAAAGCCACUGCUUUCUGUUCAUGUUUCUCUCUUAUUUUUAAAUAACUAUCAAAAUCUUGCAGAUUCUUGAAGGGUUAUGUCAGGUGAACACUUACUGGACUGAAGCUACCUAGGUUUACUUGGUUUUCCAUACAUCAUUUUUAAAAACAUUUUGUUCAAAUGUGAGUAUCAAAUAUGAUCCAUCAGGUUUUUGAGGAACGUUUAUUUGUUCAUCUCUCAGGCAUCAUUGUAUCGGAUUGCAUUAUAUGUAUUGCCCUCCACAAUAAAAAUGACAGUGCUUCAA